AUGUCGUCAAAAACUCCGUUAACUCAAGGUGAUGGAUAUGGAAUUCUUAUUGGUUUUGGAACGAUCUUUGCUAUGGGAAUGAUUGGAAUGACAAUUUGUUUGCAUCGAUAUCUUGGUGAAGCAACAGAUUCGAGUGAAACAUUUUCGACAGCUGAUCGAAAAGUACGAACAGGUUUAAUUGCUUCUUCUGUCGUUUCAUCAUGGACAUGGGCUGCUACUCUAUUACAUUCGAGUUCAGUAGCAUAUUCGUACGGUAUAUCAGGAGCUUUUUGGUAUGCAAGUGGAGCGACAGUACAAAUUGUUCUAUUUUGUGUUGUUGCUAUUGAAUUAAAACGUCGAGCACCAUUUGCACAUACAUUCUUGGAAGUAAUUCAUGCUCGAUAUGGUCGAUCAGCUCAUAUUGUUUUUAUUAUCUUUUGUCUAUUGACAAAUAUUACUGUUACAUCAACAUUAUUAACAGGUACUUCAGCUGUUGUUCAUUCUUUGAGUGGAAUGAACAUUGCAGCUGCUUGUUUUCUUCUGCCUUUGGGAACAAUUAUUUAUACGAUGGUAGGUGGACUCAAAGCUACUUUUCUUACCGAUUAUAUACAUACAGUAGCUGUUCUAAUUAUUAUUUUAUUUUUUGCAUUUAUCACUUAUGUCACAUCACCCGUACUUGGCUCACCUUCUAAAGUCUAUGAUUUACUUGUCAAUGCGAGUCAAAUUCAUCCUGUUGAUGGAAAUGCGGAAGGUUCAUAUUUAACGAUGCAAUCGAAACAAGGUGUGAUAUUUUUUAUCAUCAAUAUUAUUGGAAAUUUUGGAACUGUUUUUCUUGACAACGGAUAUUAUAAUAAAGCUAUUGCUGCUUCACCAAUAUCUGCUCUACCUGGUUAUGUUUUGGGUGGAAUUGCGUGGUUCGGUAUUCCUUUUCUUAUAGCUACUACGAUGGGACUCGCCGCUGUUGCACUAGAAAACAAUCCAAUAUUUCCAACAUAUCCAAAUCGAUUAAGUGCAGCUGAUGUAUCAGCUGGUUUAACUUUAUCAACAGCUGCAGUAGCUCUUAUUGGAAAAAGUGGAGCAAUAGCUACUUUGAUCAUGAUUUUUAUGGCAUGUACGAGUGCUAUGUCUGCUCAACUAAUUGCUGUGAGUUCCAUAGUUACUUAUGAUAUUUAUAAAGCUUAUUUCAAUCAAACGGCAAGUGGAAAGAAAUUGAUUUAUGUUUCUCAUAUAACUGUCGUUCUAUUUGGUCUCGGAAUGAGUAUAUGGUCAAUUGCAUUGUAUUAUAUUGAUAUUAGCAUGGGAUAUUUGUAUUCAAUGAUGGGUAUCAUUAUUUCUAGUGCUGUUAUUCCAGGUGCAUUGACUCUUCUUUGGAAUAGACAGAGUAAAUGGGCUGUCUGUCUUUCUCCUCCAUUAGGUUUUAUUUGCUCUGUAUCUGCAUGGUUAGUUGUGACUAAAAUUCAAUUUAAUUCAAUUAGUAUUGAAACAACUGGAUCAGAUGUAUCGAUGCUUGUUGGAAAUGUAGUUGCUUUACUCUCUCCGAUCGUAUUCGUACCCAUUAUUUCGUUUAUUGCACCUGAUCCAACACCUUAUGACUUCGUUUCGAUGAGAGCAAUUGAAUUAGUUGACGAUGGUUCAAGAAACACUCGUCAUCCGUCUCUUGGAGAAACAGAACGUGGAAUUGUUUUUUUGACAGGAAAAUUAAAAUUUGCACGUAUUAUAGCUGUCGUUCUCACAUCGUGUCUCGUCAUUAUUUUGCCAUUUCCCAUGUAUGGAACUGCAUAUGUCUUUAGUAAAUCUUUCUUUACCGGUUGGGUUAGUAUUGGAAUUAUUUGGAUGUUUUUUUCAUUCUGUAUUGUCGGAAUUUAUCCAAUUGUUGAAAAUCAACCAAAAUUCAGCAAAUGGAAACAAAAUGCUAUCACUGUGGCUGGUGGAAAUGGAGAAGGACAACAAUUAAGUCAAAUCGAUCACCCUUUUGGAAUCUUUAUUGAUGAAAAGAAAAAUAUUUUCAUUUCUGAUCGUUUUAAUCAUCGUAUUUUUGAAUGGAAAUAUAAUGCCAAAGAAGGACAAAUCAUUGCAGGUGGAAAUGGACAAGGAAAUCGAAUGGAUCAAUUGAAUUAUCCAACAAAUAUGAUUGUUGAUCAACAAAAUCAUUCGGUCAUCAUUGCCGAUUCUCAGAAUAGACGAGUGAUUCAAUGGUUGAAUCAGAAGCAACAAAUUCUCAUUCACAAUAUUGACUGUUAUGGUUUGGCAAUGGAUAAACAUGGAUUUCUUUAUGUUUCUGAUGCUGGGAAGAAUGAAGUGAGACGAUGGAAAAUAGGAGAAUACAACAAUGAAGGGAUUGUAGUGGCAGGUGGAAAUAGAAGAGGAGAUUACCUUAAUCUACUCAAUUUUCCUACUUUUAUCUUUGUUGAUGAAGAUCAAUCUGUUUAUAUAUCAGAUCAUGAGAAUCGUCGUGUAAUGAAAUGGAUAAAAGAUGCCAAAGAAGGAACAAUUGUGGCUGGAGGAAAUGGCGGAGGAGAUAAUCUUAAUCAAUUGUAUUAUCCUCAAGGAGUAGUUGUUGAUGAUUUGGGUCAAAUCUAUGUGGCAGAUUAUGGAAAUGAUCGAAUAAUGCGUUGGUGUGAAGGAAAAGAAGAAGGUGAAGUUGUUGUUGGUGGAAAUGGUCAUGGAAAUCAAUCAAAUCAAUUGAAUGGUCCCAUAGAUUUAUCGUUUGAUGAUGAAGGAAAUCUUUAUGUUGCUGAUAUUGGAAAUCAUGGAAUUCAAAAAUUUGAAAUAAUAUUGUGA